AUGCUGCGGACUACGGGGCCAUUCACAGACCACGACUUUGGUGGUCGUGGACGGACUGGACCUCUGCGCGGCAGUACCCUGGUCGGUCGACUGAGGUUCGCUGGCAGAAGCAUGGCAAGCUCCCUCGGAUCGUUUUGGAUGUUCCCAAGGAUUCCCUGGCGGACAUACAACCAUCUGGUUUUCACCCGUGCCAGGUGGAUCGAGGGUCGUCGGCAAUGGGCUCCUUGGUUCUUCGCGGAGACUGCGAUGUUACGGGAUAGUCAGCAGAAAUUACAUCUGUUGCCCAUUGAGACCAAAGAAGCUUUGCAUCAUUUUGAUCGCGAUUACUCUGCCUCUCCCAAUGUCGGGGAGAAAGACCGACACAGAUUGUUAGGGAAUUCCUGGCACCUAGGUGUCGCGACGGAAAUCCUGCGAUUCUCACUCAUGUAUGGUGUCAGGACCUUGCCCGGUCCUUGCGCACCUGAAGCGCUUGACGUCUCGAAGCUUCGAGAUCUGGCGUCGGCUGAGAAGCUGGCCGGUCAACAUCCGUUGUCCAUGCAGAGGCAGCCUGAAAUGUGCGAUCACGUAGACAUGCAACCUGCAAGCGACAUGUGGGAACACUGGGAGUUGUCUGCGAGUGCGGUGCACCCAUUGUAUCAGAGGCCCCACCUUGACCCAGCCAUUGAGCUCACGCUUCAAAGGCUUUUGAGAUUUCCCGCGGAUCAGCUGGCAGAUUUUCGGGGUUCAGUGAUUCGCGACAUUGCGGCACGCAAGGUUCAGAUGCAGGGCGCUACACGGGUUUGGUUCGAUUCGUUGCCAACACAUGUCCAGGCAGCAUACAGCCUACCGGACGGGGAUAUAGUGCAGAUCCCACUAUUCAUAUCGCUGCUCCGAGGUUGUGGCUAUCCAGAUGCUGAUGCUCUCGAGGCGUCUUUGUCUCGUGGUUUUCCGGUUCUGGGUCCGGUCGACCCGUCGCCGGGCUGGAGGCCGAGAUUAGAUGAAAGAUACGAUCAUCCAAUUUCGGCGGAAGCUUUCCGAGAUCUGAACGAGGCGUAUGUGCGCCAGAAGCUGUUGCAGGGACGUGUGGAUCCCGAGUGGGAAGCACUUCUGACUGAGGUCAUUCAAGAAGUCAAGCUUGGACGCAUGACCGGGCCGUAUCGGGCUCCCGCACACUGGCCGCGACAGUGUGUUCCAAUAGCUUCACAUAGCGGCUUCACCGAGUGCCUUGAGCUUCAGGGCGAAGUCAGGGUCGCCAACGCUUUUUCAGUUGUUCAGCAGGGCAGUGAUGGCUCCCGCAAAGUUCGUCGAUGUGAAGACUAUCGCCGCAGUGGUCAUAACAGCACUAUACAUGUUCAGGAUAUUCCCGCGCAUGAUGACAUCAAUCGCUACGUGCAGAUUUUGCUUCGCUUGGUGGCCGCAGGUCAUGAAACCCAGGUCUGGUGUCAGGACUUGUGGGCAGCAUACAGGCAGUUCCCUCUUGAAAGGCCCUCUGAUGCCUUUGCGCUGAUACUCACCCCGUGGGGCCCUAGCCUGUGGCAGCAUGGGGUUCUUCCGUUCGGGGGUGCUUCUUCGGUUUGGUGUUUCAACAAGUGCGUUGAUGCCUUGACUUUUCUGGCAAGAAGCCUCUUACUUAUAUUGCUGAUUCAUUUCGUCGACGACAUUGGAUGCCCCGAUGCCGGGCACAGUGCCUCCAGCAGUUUUCGAUUCUUUUCUGCAUUGUGUGAUCUUUUAGGUAUGCGUCUCAAACCAUCUAAAGCUCAACCACCGGCCAGCAAACACAAACUGUUGGGCGUUCUGCUGGAGAUUACGGCGGAAGGCAUUCGCUUGGCACCGGCGCCCGAUCGCGUCAGUAAGGUGUUGGAGAUGAUCCAGGCGGCACUGGAAGAGAAUAUCUUGGAGCCAGUGGUUGCCCAGCGGCUCACUGGCAAAUUGAAUUUUCUUUGCACCACGCUGUUCGGCCAAGCUGCUGCCUCGGCUAUGAAGCCCUUGUAUUCCAGAGCUCACGAUCGCAACGAUCAAGACCACGCGCAACUCAACGGACCAUUGCGGUGCUCUCUGGUUUCAUUAAAGUCGCUGCUGCAGCACGCCCAACCUCGUUGGGUGCCUUUUAACCCCGAGAGUCACGCUUCUGCAGUGCUGUACGCCGACGCCUUCUUUGAACUGGGCGAUCGCAAAUUCGGCCUAUCGGAUGAACCUCCUGAUUCCUGGUUUUCCACCAGCUCUCGGCGAUAUAAGAAUGGCUGGGGCUUCGUGGUCCGGAGCGGCUCCACUACACGCUUCGCUAGUGGCACUGUUCCUUCAGACGUGUUGUGUUUGUUCACGUCUCGGCGAGCCUACAUCUACUGCCUCGAGAUCUUCGGACAGGUCAUCGCGGCCCUGACAUGCCGCGACAUACUUCCACAGUGCUGGAUCGGUUUCUGCGACAACACUGCCGGCAAGGCUGCAUUGGUGCGAGGCUAUGGCCGUGACGCCAACAUCAACAAUUUGCUGGCUUGCUUUUGGGCGGUAGCUCAGCGGCUGGGUUGGCAACCACACUUUGAAUGGGUCCCAAGCGAUUGCAAUCUGGCGGAUCCUUUUUCCAGGGGUGAUUGCUCGAUUGGCCAUGAACGUGGCUGGUCGGUCUUGCGGAACGAGGCCGAUGCCUUUUGGCCCAUCUUCAAGCGCGUGGCCACUGAUUUGGAAUACGCCUUGGAAGGCGCCCCUGGUGAUCUGCUCAAUCUGUCCUGGGCUUUUGAAUAG